UGCAUUUUUCAGUCAGUCAGGGAGAGAGACACGGCAGAGGUCAGCUCGAGAGGAGACAUCAUCUUGGACCAGCCAACUGCAAACAUGUCAACUGUGGUGGUUCUCCUCAUAAUUGGAAUAGUGGAUGUGAGCAUCAGCCAGCAGCACAGUUCGUUCCGUUGGCUGUCCCAUCUAAGGGGGAGAUGGCUGAACUCCCGCCGGCAGGUCGACAGCAUGGAUUGCCCUCUGGAGUGUGACUGCCCCUUGGCCUACCCCACAGCUAUGUACUGUCACGGCCGCAAUCUUCAGCAUGUUCCCUAUGUGCCAUCACAUAUAAAGUAUGCCUACCUGCAGCAUAACCAGAUCACGGGCAUCAAGGAUGGUGUGUUUGACAAUGCUACCAGCCUUGUCUGGAUAGUUUUUUCUUAUAACCAGCUCAACUCAAACAAUGUCAGCAACAAUGUCUUUGGUAAGCUAAAAAACUUGAAUCAGCUCUACCUGGAUCAUAAUGAACUCAGCCGUGUGCCUCAAAACUUGCCGAGGUCCAUCACAAAGCUGCAACUUAGCCACAACAAGAUCUCCAAAAUUCUCCCCAACACACUUAAGGGAAUGAGCAAUCUAACUAUUCUUCAGCUCCAAGCCAAUGCCAUAGAGGAUACAAUAGAUGCAUUUAAAGAACUAAAAUCCCUGACCAUGCUGGAUAUGCGGAAAAACAAGGUUAAGAAAAUUCCUGACAGUCUUCCUGAAAGCCUGCAGCAGCUCUACUUGGAAUUUAAUAGCAUAGAGAGUGUGCCGGAAGGAUUUUUCACCUUGUGUCCCAACUUGCAGUUUGUCCGGUUGGCUCAUAACAUGCUGACUGAUAAAGGACUUCCAUCGAAUGUCUUCAAUAUCAGCACUCUCAUUGAGCUUGACCUGUCAUUUAAUAAACUGGAGAGGAUCCCAGUUGUCAGUAGGAACCUUGAGAACCUGUACUUACAAGCCAAUAAGAUCAAAGAAUUUUCCCUGAGCAGCUUCUGUGGUACGGUUAACAUGGAAAACUUCUCCAUGCUGAAAAUGUUGCGUUUGGAUGCCAAUGGGAUCAGCGCCAAAGACAUUCCUGCCGACGCUGCCUACUGUUUGCGGCAUAUUGCCUUUAUUGAUGUGUAGUGCUCUCUUAUGUCCCUGUAUCUACCAUGUUCUUCUUACUGUACUGGAACAUGGUAACUAUUGUGUUUUUUUAAAGCACUUUUAAGUGCUGCUAUAAUUAUUACAGUAAACUGGUUAAUGACUUGCUGGCAUUUCGUAAUCCCACAUCCAGAUGGGAGGCACAUGAACGACAGAAAAUGAUUAAAACAAGGUUAGACAACAGACAUAAACUUAUCACAGUAUUGGUUUCAGAUUGUUUCACGUAACUGAGUUGAAGUCAGUAUAGAUGAGUUCUGCUUAUUAAGUCUGACAAAGGGCCAUCUGGUUAGAACAAUGGUGUCCAACUCCAGUCCUCCAAGGCCUCUGUUCUCAGAUUUGAGGUGUUUCCUCGCUUCAACACACCUGAUUCUAAUUAAAUGGGUCUAUUGAAAAGACUGUUAAGCUCUGCACCAGCCUGCUGAUGCUUUAUUGAUUUGAAUCAGAUGUGUUGAGGCAGGGAAAGUUUUAAAACCUGCAGGACAGUGGCAAUUGAGAACCAACUUUGGACACCAUUGGUGUACAACUUGUAACCAGAUUUAUUACAUUGAGUUUGGAUCUUUGCCUCCAUCAUGUGGAAGAUGGCGAAACUUCACUCUGCAGAGCUUUUUGUUAUUACUUUGUUAUUAAACAUUUUUUCUGUUAAUCACCCGCCAUCAAUAAUUCAAUCUCUAGUAAUACCUCAAUUACUUUUUGGGCUAGACAGGAUAUUUUUUCAAACGCAAAAUACUUUUCCAUUAGUAGAUUAGAGUUGUUUGUACCUCUGAGGAAACAUUCUUCUUGAUUGAUUUUCAAAUUUUUGAGUCCACUAUCGGUAAAACAUUCCAAUAACAUGUUAAGCAGAGCUAUGAGGAGAAAUGCUUUUCUUUAUAUCCAUUAUAAAAUGUUUUUAUUAGAUAUGGCAAGUGUGUCAUUUCAAAUCAUAAUGGUUUCGUUCACUCUUCAACUUUGGUAGAAAGGUAAACAUUAUGAUCCUACAAAGCAUGAACUUGUUUAUAGAAUGUGCUGGUGCCAUUGUAGUUUAUUACUAUACUGCAUCCAAGUUAGAAGAUCUUUCUUCUGGGGAUGUGAUGUAUUAAUUAUGCCUGUAAAUUAAAAAGAAUAUAUAUAAAUGGACACAAGAACCAGUAAUGCAACCAGAAAUUAAACUAGUUUGACUGAAACUGGACUUGAAACUAAAAAGAGUACCACUAUAUCUUUUAAUAAUUCAAUAAUUUUGCAGAAGGGUCAAUAAAAUCAAUCUUAUAUUAUCUCUCUUAUCUUGUGUUAUAUAUACAAUCAAAUCAGUGUCCUUGGAAACAUCAUUCCUACGGAGAAGAAAGAAUAUUUUCAGAGGAAAACAAAAAGAGGUAAAAAUGCUGGGAAAGAAAAAAGGGUUGGGACCCUUGUGACAAUUGCAACUGUUAGGCAAUUCACAUAUAUUUAUUGUUGAAGACAACUUCCUAUUUCAUCUCCCAAUCCAUCUCUCCACAGCUGCCUCUAAUCCUCUAAAGAAAGACAGUAUAUUGAAUUAGAGAAAUAUUUUCCUUGUUUUGUAAUGGAGCAGUUUCUUAGGAUGAAAAAUGGAUCACUGCCUCUGCAACAAUGGUUGGUACGCUGAUAAGAGGUAACCUGUGAGGAUAAGUAGUAACAAAUUUUCCCAAGUUGCAGGCUGCACGUGGUUGUGCGGAGGCCAUGGAGUAAGGCUGUAUUUUCUUUUUUUCUUUUUUCUCCUCUGCUUCCUAAAUAAAUUCUUCAAAAACAAAAGCAAGGCCAACACACAUGCACUUGAUCACAUGUGGGAAUUUUUUUGACAGGAUUUACUGGUGUGAUCCUUUGGGACACAUACAAAUGUUUCAAUUUUUGGGGAAUUGUCCAGUUCCUCUCAAACUCAGACAUUAUGCAAUUUAUGAUUAUAAAACAUUAGGC